GCGGGCCGGGCCCCGCAGCACGCGCCGCCGAGCCGGGGCCGGGAUGGAGCCCGCGGCCGCGCCCCGGGCCGACAUGGCGCCCGCGCUGAGCCCCGAGGAGGAGCAGGCCACCAAGCAGUUUCUUGAAGAGAUCAACAGUUGGACUGUUCAGUACAAUGUUUCCCCUCUCUCUUGGAAUGUGGCUGUCAAGUUCCUCAUGGCCCGGAAGUUCGAUGUGCUCCGAGCCGUAGAGCUGUUCCACUCCUACAGGGAAACAAGAAGGAAGGAAGGCAUCGUCAAGCUGAAACCGCAUGAGGAACCUCUCCGUUCUGAGAUCCUUAGUGGAAAAUUCACCAUCUUAAAUGUUCGAGAUCCAACAGGAGCCUCCAUCGCCCUCUUCACUGCCAGACUGCAUCACCCCCACCAGUCAGUCCAACAUGUGGUACUUCAAGCUCUGUUUUACUUGCUGGACAGAGCCGUGGAUAGCUUUGAAACUCAGAGGAAUGGAUUGGUGUUUAUCUAUGACAUGUGUGGUUCUAAUUAUGCCAACUUUGAGCUGGAUCUUGGCAAGAAAGUCCUAAAUCUGCUGAAGGGUGCCUUCCCGGCGCGUCUGAAGAAGGUGCUGAUCGUGGGAGCUCCCAUUUGGUUCCGAGUACCCUACUCUAUCAUCAGCCUCCUCCUGAAGGAUAAAGUCCGGGAGAGGAUUCAGAUACUGAAGACGAGUGAGGUCAGCCAGCACCUGCCCAAGGAGUGCCUUCCAGAAAACCUGGGUGGGUACAUCAAGAUUGACCUCGGUACUUGGAACCUCCAGUUCCUACCCCAGAUGAAUGGCCACCCGGAUCCCCUCGACGAGAUCAUCCUGCUGUCCCUCCCUGCCGCCUCAGACCGGAACUCGGUGCAUGUUCCGGAUCCCCAGGCCAUGACCAUCCAAGAACUGAUAGACCAUGUUAGCAGCAGACAGAAGAGGGGCAUAUACGAGGAGUAUGAAGACAUCCGGCGGGAGAACCCUGUGGGCACGUUCCACUGUUCCAUGUCUCCAGGAAACCUCGAGAAGAACCGCUACGGGGACGUGCCCUGUCUGGACCAGACUAGAGUGAAGCUGGCAAAACGCAGCAGCCAAACACAGACAGAUUACAUCAAUGCCAGCUUCAUGGAUGGUUAUAAGCAGAAGAAUGCGUACAUUGGUACACAAGGCCCUCUGGAGAAUACCUAUCACGAUUUCUGGCUCAUGGUCUGGGAGCAAAAGGUGCUGGUGAUCGUCAUGACCACCCGCUUUGAAGAGGGCGGCAGGAGAAAGUGUGGCCAGUACUGGCCUUUGGAAAAGGACUCACAGCUGCAGUUUGGCUUCCUAACAGUGACCAACCUGGGCGUGGAGAACAUGAACCAUUAUAAGAAGACAACGCUAGAAAUUCACAGCACAGAGGAGCGGCAGAAACGCCAGGUGACCCACUUUCAGUUUCUGAGCUGGCCAGAUUAUGGUGUCCCGUCCUCGGCAGCUUCCCUCAUUGACUUCCUGCGAGUGGUUAGGAACCAGCAGAGACUGGCCAUCAGCACCGUGGGCGCACGAUCCAGAGGGCAGAACCCUGAGCCACCCAUCGUGGUCCACUGCAGUGCGGGCAUUGGCAGGACAGGCACCUUCUGCUCACUGGACAUCUGCCUGGCACAGCUGGAGGAGCUCGGCACCCUUAACGUGUUCCGGACGGUGUCCCGCAUGAGGACCCAGCGGGCCUUCAGCAUCCAGACCCCCGAGCAGUACUAUUUUUGCUACAAGGCAAUCCUGGAGUUCGCGGAGCGGGAGGGCAUGGUCCCCUCCACCCACAGCCUCCUGGCCAUGGAGGAUCAGUAACUGACCCAUGAGCCUCCCACCUGCUGGUCAGCCUUCCUUACACUUCCCUGGACACCGCUGAGCCUGUAGGUUGCCGUUACGUCGAAGCCAUGGACCAAGCUCUUCCUGUGUCUCCCGGCGCACGUGUGCACGCGAGGCAGCCUUUCCCUUUGGCUAGAGAGAUGUGGUGGAAUUGCCACGAGAAAGGGCCAGCAGCAAUGUGUUCUGAAUUCCUAGCACCUGCUAUUGAACUGUGCCUUAUUAAAACCAAAUUGUGGCUAUCAAGUCUUGCCAGGGGCCCCGAGAUGCGCGGGGAAGGAGCUUGCCUUCCCCCCUUUCCUGACGCCACUCACUUCCUCACGGUCCCUUUCCUGUUUCCUUCCCUUUUUUAGGAUACACUCGGGAGGUUUGUUGCGCACCCACCUUCCUUCCCAGAGAGCUUGACCAAGUUCCAUAUUCUAGAGGACGUCCUGAGUGCCAAGCACGUUUAUACCUAGGACGCGUAUUCCAGUCUUUCCUGUCAUUCUCUGUGUGUGUCUGUAUGUAUGUGCACUUCCGUGUAUGGGUCCAUAUGUACGUGUGUAUAUAAUAUAUAUUGUAUGUGGUAAUAUGGUCAUACUCUAUAAAAACAUAUACAGAGAGAUACUCCUUUGUAGACGUUCCUGGGGCUCCACGUCACAGGCCAGGACUCCGUGCUUCUCAGACCUUCUGUUUGUCCCGGCCUAGCGGGGACUGGGGACCAGGCCUUCUGCUGUCGGACCGCAGUACUGGGCAGCAGCACACAGACCUCUCCCCUCGCGUGCUCCUCCUGACCUGCUGCCCGAGUAGCGACAUCUCUCCUUCCAGGGCGCUCCCUUGGAGCCAGGAACACCGGGCUGUGGAGACACGGGUUCCAGUCAGCAUGGGCAGCCCUUCUCUAGGGAUCCUUCUCUGUUUACUUUGCCAAUUCGGGGAACAGACCUCCACUGUGAUUCCAGACCCUCCCCCACCCCUCUCCCUCAGGGAUUGGGUUAGACACGAACUCACUGACAAGACGGCCAAAAGCAACUGCUACGAAGUUCUUAGGAGGAGAGAGAAGGGAGCGUGGGUGCGAGAGGAGGAGCUAGAAUGAGACUCUCUGGGAGAAUGAGCUGGGACUCCUUUCUCUGGAGCUGGAAGAUUCCUUUCCUAUGCAGCGUGGCCCUGUCCACCCAGAUGCCUGCUUCUUCCUGCCUGUUGGCUUGCCAGAUGCAGGCUCUCAAGCUGGGUGGGUUCUGUCAGGAAAGAGCUUACCCCUGCGUGGGCAAGGUCGUUCCCUGCGGUCACGCUUUGGUCUGCCUCACCCAGCCUGUCCUGUUCACUCCUGACCUCUCCCUUCUGCGGUGCCAGGGAGGGACGCAAGACUCCCCAGCAGUCACGAUUCCAAGGAAAUCCCAGGAACCUUAAAUCUUCCCCCAUCACAGAUGAGGUUGGCAACUGACCAGACCUCAAUAAUUUUAUACUGUAAUGAGCUCUUUGAAUGUAUAUAUUCUUAUUUUUACGAUUUUUUUCAUUCUGUAUUUAACGUCAAUGAACUGAGUCAGAGUCAGAAAAUAAUUGUAAAUGUUCAUAUUCAGUAUCUUACAGCGAUACAGUUUUGUAUUUACAUAUAAAUAUACCGACAUGAACAAA